ACCACUCGGACCACUAACACUACCAGACAAACCGCUGCGGUUGCAAAGGUGAAAAAGACCCGAGAGGCUGGAGCAGAUACGGGAUCGUAGCUGUCAGUCGACCACUUCGAGUGGUCGGACUAGCUGUGGAGGACAUCAGGAAGACAGAUGGACGUUACGUCAACACUCACUCAAGGAAAACUACCACAACCAGCAAUGUAGCUACAGGUGCAGUACGUCCUGUCCCCAAACCAAGGAAGAACGUUCGACCUACCACUGGAGCUGAACCAACCAUGCCAAAGCAGACCACUGCAGGACCAAACCAGGCCACCGCGGGAACCAAUGCUGGACCAAACCGUGCCAUUGCAGUGACCAAAGACGGACCACUGCAGCCCGGGGAAGCAUCUCGACCGAGGUCCCUGGAACUGGUACCCUUCGUCCCGGAGUCAAGCAUCGAUAUCACCGAAGACCCGAGCAUGUGUGGGGAGUAUGCCGCAGAGGUGUACGUGUACCAUCGCCAGCUGGAGGAGCAGAGGCAUUACCUGGUGUGUGCCACUUCAUGGAGCACCAGACCAACAUCACAGGCAGCCAUCGACGUGUCCUGGUGGACUGGUUGGCCCAGGUUAGCUUCAAGUACCACCUUCUGCAGGAGACCAUGAUACUCACCGUUGAUAUUCUGGACAGAUAUCUACAGAUUGUGAUAGUUCCCAAGCCAAUGCUCCAGCUGGUGGGUCUGGCAUCUCUCCUCAUCUCCUCAAAGGUUGAAGAGAUCUACGCUCCCUCCGUCUACGACCUGGUCUACAUAUCGGCCCACACCUACACCCGCGAAGAGGUCCUCAAAAUGGAGAAGACCAUCCUCCACGAGCUGGACUUUCGCAUCCUCAAGCCCUACCCACUCCACUUCCUGCGCCGCUACUCUCGCCUCGCACGGACAGACACCAACAUCCACCACCUCGCAAAGUACUUCAUCGAUCUCUCGCUCCUCGAGACCGAGACUAGCUCCCUACUCCCGUCAAAGAAAGCGGCCGCUGCAUUUAUCCUCGCCAGUUCUCUAGCCAACGUACAACUCUACGGGACGUCCGGGAAGAAAGUGUGGACCAAAGACCUCGUUCGACACUCGGGGUACAACUUUGUACAGCUCAAGGACCCGGUUACAGUUCUGCUGAGGGCCAUGGCAACGCGACACCUCGUGGACAAUGCCAAAGCAAUCAGGGAGAGAUACGUGAAGAACGCACCGACGGAGCAGGUGAAGUCUCUGAUAAAGACGGAACUGGAGAAGACUAUUACUGCUGCAGACCACAAAAGGGUCAUCUCUAUCAUUGCGGAGCAGACCGAGUCUUAGUUUGGAGAGGGUUAAAUCACCAAUACAAUCCUAGCUUCAUACAUGUCUCAAUGUUUCAGUGUAAUCAUACCUAAUGGUGUAAUUUAAUACUACUGAACAAAAGGACAAGCGUACAUGCACCUAGAAGCGCAAAUUACAUAACUGUUUACAUGAGCUUACACGAACCAAGUGACAACAAUUUGUGAAACUGAGCCAUGAACCAAGUGACAACAAUUUGUGAAACUGAGCCAUGAACCAAGUGACAACAAUUUGUGAAACUGAGCCAUGAACCAAGUGACAAAAAUUUGUAAAACUGAGCCAUG